GGUACAGUUGUACGGUCGUGACGUUGGCGGUUGCCGUGGAGAGACCCGCUCGGUCCCGACCGUGAGCUGGCGUUAGGAGCCGCAGGGUCACAGCGUGGCUUUGAAGCCGCCUCUGCCACCACCAUGAGCGGCCGAAGUCGGGGUCGAAAGUCCUCCCGCGCGAAAAACCGGGGCAAAGGCCGCGCCAAAGCCCGAGUCCGCCCUGCUCCGGACGACGCCCCGCGCGACCCGGACCCUUCACAGUACCAGAGUCUCGGGGAAGACACCCAGGCGGCACAGGUGCAGGCUGGCGCGGGGUGGGGUGGCCUGGAAACCGCUGCGUCCGCGCAGCUCCUCCGGCUGGGGGAGGAGGCAGCCUGCCGGCUCCCCCUGGACUGUGGCCUCGCGCUGCGGGCCCGAGCUGCGGGGGACCGCGGGCAGGCCGCGGCCAGGCCCGGCCCGGGAAAGGCCGCAUCCCUCUCGGAGCGCCUGGCCGCAGACACUGUCUUCGUGGGAACAGCGGGAACCUUGGGAAGGCCGAAAAAUGCCCCCCGCGUUGGAAACCGGCGUGGCCCUGCCGGGAAGAAGGCCCCAGAAACCUGUAGCACUGCGGGGAGGGGGCCUCAGGUCAUAGCUGGUGGCAGGCAGAAGAAAGGGUCGGCAGGGGAGAAUACCUCGGUCUCAGCUGGGGAGGAAAAGAAGGAAGAGAGGGAUGCAGGGUCGGGGCCCCCAGCGACGGAAGGCAGCAUGGAUACGCUGGAGAACGUGCAGCUGAAGCUGGAGAACAUGAACGCCCAGGCGGACAGGGCCUACCUUCGGCUCUCCAGGAAGUUUGGGCAGUUGCGACUGCAGCACUUGGAGCGCAGGAACCACCUCAUCCAAAAUAUCCCGGGCUUCUGGGGGCAAGCAUUUCAGAACCACCCCCAGCUAGCAUCGUUUCUGAACAGCCAAGAGAAAGAGGUACUGAGCUACUUAAACAGCUUGGAAGUGGAAGAGCUCGGCCUUGCCAGAUUGGGCUACAAAAUCAAGUUCUACUUCGAUCGCAAUCCAUAUUUCCAAAAUAAGGUGCUCAUCAAGGAAUAUGGCUGUGGUCCUUCUGGCCAGGUGGUGUCUCGUUCUACUCCAAUCCAGUGGCUCCCAGGGCAUGAUCUCCAGUCCCUAAGCCAGGGAAACCCAGAAAACAACCGUAGCUUCUUUGGUUGGUUUUCAAACCACAGCUCCAUUGAGUCUGACAAGAUUGUGGAGAUAAUCAACGAAGAAUUGUGGCCCAAUCCCCUGCAGUUCUACCUUUUGAGUGAAGGGGCUCGUGUAGAGAAAGGAAAGGAAAAAGAAGGCAGGCAAGGUCCAGGAAAGCAGCCAGUGGAGACUACUCAGCCUGGGGUGAGCCAGUCCAACUGAUCCUGCACAAGUCUCCCUGCUACCUCCUGCUGGGCUGUUCCUGGUUGACUACGUAUUUGGCUCUCUGCCUUCUCUUCAUGUUGGUCUCUGUGUACUAUAGACCCUUUGGACUUUAGUUACAAGAAUAUGGCGUUUAUGAUCAUGUUCUUUUGCCUCCCAUAGCCUCUUGCUUUUCUACGUUGGUGUCACAUGUUAUGUGAUCGCAUCCGGACUGUUCAUAUGUUAAGCACACGUACUUUAGAUGUGUGCUGCCUUUUAUCUACAUUGCCUGGACCUUGUUCUUGGCUCUGGCUUUUCCUACUUGUCUUUAACAUGGACACUCAUGAGUCAUCCUCCAGGACCACCAGUGCAUCCUCAAGCUCUGCUCCUUCAGGGUCGGUGACUUCCUGGGCUUCGUGUUCAUGCUGGCCGUGCAUGUCAUCUAUGCAAGCGUUUCCAUUGCCACUGCAGAAUGAAGCCAGUGCACAUGGUAUUAGUCAUCACCUAGAACUUACUGUUCUGUGGGUCUGGGGUCACCAGCUAAGAUGUCACCUACUUUAUAUCUGGCUUUGGCCUGUGGUCCGUGAGACCCAUCCUGCUUGAUGUUCUGCAGAAUGGCACUUAACUGCUGGGCAUGCAUGAAGUUAAGGGCAAGAAGCAGUAUGCCAUGUGUUCUGUACCAUCAUGUGUCUCUUCUUGCUUCUGGGCCCUUCUACUGGUGAACUUUAAUCUCAUCAGGAUCUUCCCAUGCCGUGUCACUAUCAAGCCAUUAAGUUUUGUCUGGGUUGCUGUCAGCCCCAGUUGGCUUCCUGGUCAACAAGGACCUCAAGAACUGCCUGUGGACUGAGGCCCCCUACCAGUGCAUGAGACACACACCAACCCUCCCCAGCUUUCCAGGAACCCUACUGGCUGCCAGACUGAUGGGCGGGCUGGUAUGUGUGGACAUGUGUUCACCGUCAUUAUGCUGUGGCUGCAGGUCUUCAGACUGAGAAGAGCUGUACUCAGGGACCUGCACCCCAAGGAGGCUCAUCUGCAUCAAGAUCUGACUUAGGUGAUAAAAUCCUGGACCUCAAGCUUGAGUGGAUGCCAUAAUGGGAUGAGACUUUUGGGUCUUAGGAGGAGAUACGUGUAUUUACCAUGUGGGAGGAAUGAAAAUAAUAUGCAAUCAGAGAGCAGACUGUGACAAAGAUGACUGCAAAUUCUUUGACCCUCUUACUGUUAAGAGUUAUUGUCUUAUCUCCCUUCUCUUGAAUCCAAGCUGGCCCUGGGAAAUUGCUUGACCAAUAGAAUACACAAGAAGUGAAGUUUGGGACUUGUGAAUGUAGGGCAUUAGAAGCCUUGCAGUUCCUGCCUGGAUCUCUUGAAAAGCUUUCACAUGGAAUACUCCUUUUUAGAAUCCCACCAUUCUGUGGAUUCUAAAUUCUGUGAGAAGCCCAAACCACACAAACUACAUAUAGAUGCUCAAUCAGUAACCCCAGAAGAACUCCCAGUCCUCAGCGAACAUUGACUGGUGGCCAUAGGAGUUGUCAUCUUGGACAUCCAGCCCAGUUCAGCGUUCAGAUGACUGCAGCCCCAGCUGCCAUCUGACUGUAUCUGCGUGAGACUAUACGUGAAAACUUCCCACCUGACCCAGUCAACCCACAGAACCAUGAGAGAUCAUAGUAAAUUGUUUUAAGCCAUUAAAUUUUAAUGAUGGUUUGUUAUGUAACAAGAGAAAACCAGAUGAGGUUAAAUAUUAGAGGUCAACAGUCAUGGUUUCAAAUCUUAAGUUCAUCGUUUAUCAACUAUGUGAUUGUGGGCAAGUCGCCUAAAAUAUCUAAGCUUCAUUUUCCUCAUCUAUAAAAUGGGAAUCAAAACAGAAUCCACCUAAUGGGUUUGUUAUGGGAAUUAAAAGAGAGAAUGUAUGAAAAGCAACAGUAUAGUGACAGAGAGAAAGUGGGUCAGUAGGUAGUCACUAUGGUUAGUAAAUCAGUGUGAGUCAUCUGUUUUUGUUGAAAGGUAGAUGAGAUGCUUGUGGCCAUGUGGGAAGAAUUAAUUUAAGAACCUGGUCAUUUUACUAAGGACCUGAGAGUAAGGCUAGGUCAUUAGCAUCUUUGUAUUUGCUGUCCAUUUUUCUAUAAUGGACUAUAGGGGAUUUUGAUUCAUGGGGGAAGUGUUCUGAAAAAAAUCCCGGGCUCAAAAGAAAUAGAAACACUUGGCCUUUUAAAAUGGGGCUGUUAGGGUUCCAUAGACAGCACUUACCACCUCCACAUGUGCUGAGCAGGCCUAGCUCAUUAAGGUCACAGUGAGCAGCUGAGCAGACCCAGUCCUUGUUACAGUGAAACCAGAGGCACUAGCCUAGAGAGAAGGAGAUGGGGCUCUAAAGCCCCCUGGAGGCCUAGGAUGCUGCUGCUGUCCACUGUGUGUGCAUGUGGAUGGGUGAGUGGGUGCUAGAAUUCCACAUGGGGUGAGGGCAAACUUAAAGAGGCUGGACCCAAGCCGAGAGGUUUAAAGGAAUGUCUUGAUGUUCAGCACAUCACCGUACUGAUGUGUUCAGUGAGCUUUGCCACCCAUUCAUUUAUUUAUAUAGGCAUUCACUCAUUCAACAACCAUUUAUGGCAUACCUCUAUGCACCAGGCCCUGUGCUAUGCUCUGGGGAUGCACGACACAUAAAAGACGGUUUCUCCCCUGUGAUCAUGAGGGGCUCAUGAACCAGCAGAGGAGACAGACAGGUAAACAGGAAGUAUGGCCAGGGGGUAAGUACCACAGUAGAGGGCAACAUGGGAGUGCAGAGGAGGGGCUCCAAUUCUGGCAUCAACCUACUCCACCUUGGGAUAAAGUUCUAAACGGGGAAGCAAGUGAGGCAUGAGCUGCGUCUGGAAAAAGGGACAGGCUUGGGAUUGACUGAGUGAGCUGUAGGCAGAAGCCACAGACCAGAGACACUGAAGGACAGGGCCACACUGGCCUCUAGGGGCCAUAGACUGGCGCGCUCUAAGGCAGCCCUGGAAUCUGGUGGGACUGUUCCACAACUCCCGUGGGGCCUGCAGAGAGCAAGUGUCUCUCACAGGCACAGAUUAAAGCAAAGCAUCUCAACUAUGUCUUGGUUUUGGCUCCACAGAUGACUUCUGUGUGGGCGAAUCUUCUUAACGCGUUCUCUUACUUUUUAUUGUCCAUGCUGUAAA